GUUAAUUGAACAAUUAUUUAACUACAUAAAAAGGCAUGGUUUAUUUAUAUCAAUCAUUUAAAUUUUUAAAUCAAGAAUUAACUGAAUUAAUUCAGUAUUUAAUUGAACGCAUCAGACUAAAGAUUUUAGCUAUUUUCAGCAAAUUUCUUUUUCAAGUGAAGAAAAAACUCAUUUUGAUACUAAAGGUAAGUAAAUCUUUUUACAUAGCAGUUUGAAAGCAAAACGAUUAUGUUUAUAAAUUUGAUAAAAGAAACUUAUAACUACUUAUAAAUUCAAUUAUCAUGGAUUGACGCAUCAUACAAAAAAAUUUUAUGCUACUUUUUUAUUAAUUUUUUCAUGUAGAAUCACUUCUUUCCCAGUUGAACGAACAGUUACGGAGCAACCGGUAUAUAAUUUUAAUAAAUCGCAGAUAAUUUAAAAAACAUCCAAUAAAUCAGCUGGACAAUUUAUUUAAAAAAACUUUGAAAAAUUGCAAAAAUUAGUUGCUAUUUUUAAAUCGAUAUCCAUAGCUCGGGGGCGUCCGGCGUAUCAACAGCAUAGAAUUUCACGAACUGUUUGAUAAUCUAGUACUAAUGAGAGAACAGAAUUAGUCGAAUCGGAAUCAUUGGUACGUAGCGAUCAAAAUGAGAAUAUUAAAUGUGUUCGGAUUUUUCGGUAUCGUUUGCAUCAAUCAAUUUUACUCUCUUGAGAUCAAAUCUGGGGAUUUAGAUGUAGUGAUGCGAAAAUGUAAGAAUUUAGAGAAUUUGUCGAUAGAAAUGCGCCUUAAAAAGCAUCUCUUUUGCAACUAUGAUUAUACUGUGAAUCCGCAUUAUCCUAAAAUGACCAACGUCACUAUGAACUUCUUGCCAAAGCACAUAGAUUUUCAAGAACACAAUGCUAAACUGUUAAUGCACAGCUGGAUAGGAUUUUUUUGGAAGGACCCGCGACUUACUUGGACAUCGAACAAUUAUGACGAGAUUACUAAUAUUCAGAUUAAUAGCUGGCAGAUUUGGUUGCCCCGUUUAACUAUCAAUAAUUCCGCCGAUCUGUCGCGUGACGGAUAUGAGCAGCGUGGAGGAGGAUGCAUUCUCUACAAUACAGGCCAAAUCAUAUGUAUUGCCGUAGUGAAAUUUGUUUCCAAAUGCAAUACCGAUUUUACUUAUUGGCCUUAUGAUAAACAUGAAUGUAGUAUCACGUUUAUUUCAUGGGCGCGGGGAGGAGGGAAAGAGGUCAAUUUGUUGAUAGAUGGAGAUGGGAUUCAGAUAAACGAAUUUGACAAUGAUCUAACAUGGGAUUUUAAGUUUAUAAAUUCGAUAAGAGAAGUAAAAAUAUAUAAGUGUUGUCCGAAUGUCACGUUUCCAAAGAUCACUUAUAACUUCUUGUUGAUACGCCAUUACGGCAAAAAUCACACAUUUAUUAUCAUACCAGCUAUUGCUUUGAUAUUACUUACUUUAACAGUGCUCUGUCUUGACUUAAACUCGAUUGAACGAAUGAUGGUGGCGAGCUUAAAUGUUAUUUGUCAUUUGCUCUGUAUGUACGCUCUGCACUGGAUUGCGCCAUAUAAUGGCGCUAAUACCAUCAAUAUAAUGUUAUUUUAUCGUGAAUCAUUGGCGUUGGCUGCUUUCGCAAUACUCCUGACGGCCUUAUUACGCAAACUGGAAGAUAUGAGUACAGAUAUACCAAAUUGGAUCUCGUUCACUACAACAUUUGUUUUGAGCAACAAGGCUGGCCGUUUUCUAAUUCUCAACGACUCCAAAAUGGCAAGCAGAGAUACAAUAACUGAAGAAAGCUCGGACAUUCCAAAAUCUGAAAUGAGCAUGAAGGAAUCGUCCUGGAAACAUUUUGCUGCUAUUAUCGACUGGUUAUUUUUUUUCUGCGUGAUUAUCACUUAUGCCAUUAUCUUGGUUGUUCUAGUACCCGCGUCGAAUCGGAGUCAUUGGUUCGUAACGAUCAAAAUGAGAAUACUAAAUGUGUUCGGAUUUUUCGGUAUACUUUGCAUCAAUCAAUUUUACGCUCUUAGGAUCAUACCUGAAGAUUUGGAUGUAGUGAUGCGAGAAUGUAAGAAUUUAGAGAAUUUGUCGCCAGUAAUGCGCCUUAAGAAACGUCUCUUCUGUGAUUAUGAUUUUACUAUCUGUCCGAAUUAUCCUAAAGUGAUCAAUGUUUCUUUGUACCUGAUGCCAAAGCACAUAGAUUUUCAAGAACACAAUGCUAAACUGUUGCUGCACAGCUUGACAUCGCUUGUUUGGAAGGAUCCGCGACUUACUUGGGCAGCAAGCGAUUAUGACGAGCUUACUAUUAUUCGGAUAAAUAGCUGGCGGAUUUGGACGCCCGGUUUAACUAUCAAUAAUUCCGCCGAUCUGUCGAGUGAUGGAUAUGAGCAGUCUCGACUGGAGUGCAUUCUCUACAACUCAGGUCAAAUCAUGUGUGUUCCCGUGGUGAAAUUUGUUUCUAAAUGCAAUACCGAUUUCACUUAUUGGCCCUAUGAUAAACAUGAGUGUAGUAUCACGUUUAUUUCAUGGGCGCAUAAAGGGGAAGAAAUCAAUUUGUUGAUAGAUGGAGAUGGGAUUUGGAUGAGAGAAUAUAUCAGUGAUAUGACAUGGGACUUUAAGUUUAUAAAUGUGAUAAGAGAAGUAAAAAAAUAUAAGUGCUGUCCGAACGAUACUUUCCCAAGGAUCACUUAUAAUUUCUUGUUGACACGCCAUUACGGCAAAAAUCACACAUUUAUUAUCAUACCGGCUAUUGCUUUGAUAUUACUCACUUUAACAGUGCUCUGUCUUGACUUAAACUCGAUUGAACGAAUGACGGUGGCGAGCUUAAAUGUUAUUUGUCAUUUGCUCUGUAUGUACGCUCUGAAGUGGACUGCGCCAUAUAAUGGCGCUAAUACCAUUAAUAUAAUGUUAUUUUAUCGUGAAUCAUUGGCGUUGGCUGCUUUCGCAAUACUCCUGACGGCCUUAUUACGCAAACUGGAAGAUAUGAGUACAGAUAUACCAAAUUGGAUCUCGUUCACUACAACAUUUGUUUUGAGUAACAAGGUUGGCCGUUUUUUGAUUCUCAACGACGAGUCCAAAAUGGCAAACAGAGAUACAAUAACUGAAGAAAGCUCGGACAUUCCAAAAUCUGAAAUGAGCAUGAAGGAAUCGUCCUGGAAACAUUUUGCUGCUAUUAUCGACUGGUUAUCUUUUUUCUGCGUGAUUAUCACUUAUACCAUCAUCUUGAUUGUUCUAGUACCCGCGGAUUAACACCGAUAUUGAUGCGUAACGGUGAAGUUACAUCCACGUUGAUCUGUAAUGUACAUACACAUCUAAAGAAAUUAGCAUGUUAUAUUUAAAUUAUUUAAUAUAUCGAAAAAUAAUUAUUACCCACCACUAAAAUAAAUCGACAUUUUGUUCCGUA